GGGGGCGGGCAGCCGGAAGGCUCCCGAGAGUGGCGGAAGUUCCGUGCGUGGCGGAACCCGACACCGAGCCGUGUCUGCAUCCUCGCUGUCGGGUCGCCGUGGUCGAGCUGGAAGCGAGGCCCCGGGGAGCUCGGACCCGGCCCCGCGUGACUGUGAUCCGCCGGGAGUCACUCUCGGUGCUUUUCCCGACCCAGCCGCGGCCGAGCCCGCAGAAACGGCGCCGUUCAGGCAACGCCCGUGGCAGACGAGCGCGGAGGCGUCACGGUGUCACGUGCCGCCUUCAGAACAGCCCUGGGUUCUGAGGGUGCCCUGCCAGAACUCAGGCGGAGGUGACUGUCCCCGCAUCCCCCCCAGCCUGGCGCAGGACCCAGCAUGUCUCAGGCCACCAAGAGGAAGCACGUGGUGAAGGAGGUGCUGGGGGAGCACGUGGUGCCCACUGCCCACCAGCAGAUCGUGCGGGUCCUCCGCACCCCGGGGAACAACCUGCACGAGGUGGAGACGGCGCAGGGCCAGCGCUUCCUGGUGAGCAUGCCGUCCAAGUACCGCAAGAACAUCUGGAUCAAGAGAGGGGACUUCCUCAUCGUGGACCCCAUUGAAGAGGGGGAGAAGGUGAAGGCCGAGAUCUCCUUCGUGCUGUGCAAGGACCACGUGCGCUCCAUGCAGAAGGACGGGCUCUGGCCCACAGAGUUCUCGGAAGUGGUGGAGAAGCGUGAGAGCAGACAGACCCAGCUCGAGCUCCCGGCUGAGCCCCCCGCAUCAGGAGACGACUCCAGCUCCACGGACGACGAUGCGGACCUCUUCAUCAACACCAACCGCCUGCAGUAUGAGGAGAGCGAGGAAGAGAGCGACGAAGAGGAGGAGGAGGAAGAGGAGGAGGAGGCGGCGGCCUGAGGCCCUGGAUGGGACUAGCGCAGCGCCCCUCUGAACCCACCUUCCUACCUGGAGAAUUAAACCCCUGGCGGGCCGUGACGCGCCCAUAUCCGCGUGGCUUCUGCAGGGAGGGGGCACGUGGACUUCCUGGGCGUGGGGGGACCGGGUGGGUGGUUGGAAUCGCUCCGGGAAACUCUGCCCCUCCUUGGGCACCUGGACGGUGCCAGGCCCUCGCUGCGCCCCCCUCGCAUGAUUCAGUGACGGGAGACCGCCCCGGAGCCCCACCCAGUGCUGACUCAGGACCCAGCUGUCGGGCCUGGUGCCCACCUGCCUCUCGAAGCUACUCAGGGCGAAUAUCAUGGUGCCUCGGCGAGCUGCUUCCCCUUCUGCCUUCCACGUCUCCAUGGCUGUGGACGUGGCCCCCGACCCCGCGGCUGACCUUGUGGCUGCCUGGACCCCAAGCCCCCCACAUCUUGGAGGCCUCUCCCACUGACCACACUCUCCUUGCUGGCCUGGACCUUCCCUGCCGCGUCCAGCUACGGGGCCGUCUGUGGCCUUAGAGGCUUCUGCAUCUGCCGGUCCUCCCACCGGUGCUCCGGCCCGCGGGACGGGAGGCACCUUCCGAAUGUGAAGCCCCCAGUCCCGGCUCCAGGCAAAAGUAGCCUUGGGCAGAACCUUCCCUUUCUCCAGGCGUUCUCCUUACAUCGUGCAACUGUGGCCCCAGGGCUCCCCUCCAUCUCCAGCCCAGCCCCCCGGGUUUGGUUCAGCUCCUGAGUACAGACCCGCUCGGGCCGCGCCAUCGGUGGGUAGUUGAUCUUCAUCUCGUCCCAGUUCCGUCCUAGCGCCCAUCUCUGCUCCGACGGGGCGACGCGUGUGCCUGAUGUGCUCCGAGUCGCUGGCGCUUCUGUUUGUGCUGCCGAGGACGGCGGCCCUGGCUCUACCUCACGCAGAGUGGGAGCCCCUCGCCGGGGCGCCGUGACCCCCCAUCUAGAAAGCCAGAAUCACCUCGCCAGUCCCGCUUUCUCCGGGAUCGCCACUUCAUUUGUCUGAGCUGAGGCAGUGCGGACUGGGGGGCCCGGGACGGCUAAGGAACCUCAUUCGCUCAUUCACCGUCACGUUCGCUUUGUGGAGCUUUUCAUACGCAGGUACAUGUAUGUGUAUGUAGAAUCUUGAAGUGUGCACAUACACGAAAAUGCACCGGGUGAGUUGAAGAUAGUGUGUAUAUCUUUGAUUCAGCUCUCGAGUGUUCUGUUGUUAUAAAAGCUUCUUUCUCUCGAAAGGAAUAAACAGCCACUUGACCAUGUAUUGGAUGGAUCCUUUCUUCCGUGUCUUAAGAUGCAUUUUUUUAAAUAAAAGAUUUCUGCAUAUAAAUGGA